GAUAUCCCUGUCUCUGUGCGAGUUUGUUUAUGUCAUCGUCUGUCUUUGGUUUAUUUCGUUUCAUUUUGUUUCGUUUUUUACUGGCACGUACUGCUGACCCUUGGGGUCCUUCCGGAAGGCUACCCCCCAGGCUGGUGGUGCGCACGUUCCACUAUUUAUUUAUUUAUGUGUUUCUGAUUCUUUUGUUUUCUUGUAUUUUAUCGCUCUGCUAACCCUUGGGGUCCAUUUUAUUUUGGUAUACCUUUUCUAGGUACAUCGGACGAAUAAUCUACAACCAGGUCAUGUCCGCCGAAGAGGUAGAGUUCGGCCUCUUCAACCAAUCCGAGCCAGUGUACAACAACGUUGUGCUCCCCAACGCGUCACCGUUUGAUGAGGGGUUCGCUCAACAAAACCAGAGCUACGACGUCGACAGCGUUUCGGCAGAAGAAUGGCCGGAGCCACUUCACACAAGAGAGGCUAGAAAAGACAAGCGCAAGAUAUCAUUUUGUCCUCCUGUUCCUGCAGUCAAUAUUCAGCGCUUAUUCGGAGAAAACCCCGCGUGUCUUUCGUGCAUAGCUGAAGACGCGUCCUCUUUAGCAUGGGUGGCGUCUUUGCAUGGAUGUACACACACGUGCACAAAAUAUGGGAAAAAAGGAUCAGAUGGACUACCACUCCCUGGUGCCGAGUGUCGAUUUGGGUUCGGCGUUGACGGAAAGCCUAUUCUCGAUAGAGGAAGUAUGAAGAACGGCAGAGCAGUUGUUUAUUCGGACGGUACGCUGGAGAUAGACGGCGUGACGGUAGAGGUCGACGGGCCAAACGAUCAAACGGCUGCACUGGAACUUCAGAGGGAAAUAGACAGAGUUAUUCGCGCCCGCGCGAAGGCAGUUGAUGACAACGUUCCAUUUGAAGACGGCGACGACGAUUUCCUGGUUGUUCUGGGAAAUGGUGAUGCCCGAGGACUCGUUUUUUACAUCCUCAUGUACACGACGAAAUCCAAUCGAACGGUGAAUUCGAUUCUUCCUUUGCUGGCCGAAGCGGUUACUCGCAUUGACAAAGAAGACCGUUCUGAACCUAAUGACGAACGCAUGCGAAGAAUCGUGAGGGCUUCUCUCUGCCGUCCGUUAUCUGGCACAGAAUUGGGCGGUGCAGCGGUCCCCCCGCUUGUCUCCCGCUGA